AUGGGGUGUUUCGUAAGCACCAAUAAAACUUCCCAAUCUUCCAAAUUCCACCAACAUUCAUCAAGAUCAAGCCGAGCUCCGCCGCCGGUGGACGUGGAGACGGUGAAAGAAGUUCUUUCUGAAACUCCAAAUCCAAACCCUUUCAUGAAAAUGGAAAAUGACCCGAAAAAGAUCCGACAAGAUCACAAUGUUCUCGAAGAUCCGAAUAUCUCCGAGAUCGGUAGCAACAUGAGCGAGUGUGUUUCCACCGCCACAUUAGACGAUGACAUUGAUGUUUACCGCCGGAAAGUGAUUGACCGAUCGCCGUCGAAGUCAAGAAACCGACAUCAGCUCUCCGGCGAGCUUCAGCCGGUACGAAAAUCUCCGGCGAGAGCCAAAGAACAGUCUCCGAGUCGGGUCAAAUUGGUACCCGAAAGAAACAACCGUGGAAACGGGUUUGGUUCCGCCGGCCGCCAGCGACCGGGGUCCGGCAAUGUAUCGGCGGCACGAUCGAGGUCUCCGGCGAACCGUACGGUGGCCGGAGGUGAUUCUGGUGGUAGGAAUGAGAUUGGAAGAAGCUUAUCUUGUAGAAGAACCGGGAAGUCUCCAGGUCGGGUGGUAUCCGAUUUGAAUGAGAGGGUUCGAAAACCUGAUUUUCGUUCGGGUCGGGUGAGAGAAGAAGGUAGCUGGCCUCCGACAGCUACAAACAACGAUGAAUUACUUGAAAACCCGCUUGUGUCCUUGGAGUGUUUUAUUUUUCUUUAG